GUGUAUUUAUUUAAAUUUUUGUGAUUUGAGUAUUCAAUUUUCAACGGAAAAAGGUACAACUAAAUUCGAAGAAGAAAUGCGUUCCACAACUGACAAAAGAGAAUUUCCGAAUAUUAAUACAGACAACAUAAUAUUUAAUUUUUACAAUUCGUCAGCUAGUGAUUUCAUCCCAAUACCCUCUACGAAUUUAGAAGCAAUAUUAGACCAAGAAUACUAUGAUCCAACAAAAAACAUUUUAUUUUUUGUUGCUGGACAAGCUACCAGAUAUGACGAUGAGCGUGUUAUGUACGUCCUUAAUCAUUACAUAAAAGCACAGAAAUACAACGUAUUAAUCAUGAAUUACCUUUAUUACUCUCACAACGUGUAUGAUAGUUUCAUGAAUGUGCGUCCUAUAGGAAAGGCUGUAAGUGGAUGUGUAAUGAAAUUAAUGAAAAAUUAUGGAGUAUCACCUGAUAGAAUAGAAUUGCACGGGCAUUCUGUUGGUGCAACAAUUGUUGCAUGGAUCGCACGAUAUACCGUACCAAAAGUUGGUUUGUUGGUAGGUAUGGAUCCUGGAAGAUGUGGUGGCGUUUUUAGACGUGGCUAUGCACAACAUACAAUUAGUUUACGAACUGAUGCAGAAUAUAACGGCGAUAUUGUAUGGGAUUCCGAUACUGAAAUUAUUUUGAACAAUGGUGUAAGAAUACAACCCGGUUGCGAAGGCCAAAAACCUGAGGAUCCUUGUAGUCAUGCAAUAGCGUUUUAUCAUUGGGUUUAUAUGAUCAGCAAUCCGGAAUUGUUUUACGCUGUUGAAUGUAAUGAAAUAAAAUGUAAUUAUUCAUCUAUAGUAGCCAACAUAGGACCGGAUUUCAGGCAAAAAGGAACAUUCUAUUUACGAACUGCACCAGCUCCACCCUAUGGAAUGGGAUUAAACGGUAUCAAGAAUAUUAUUCCAACAAAAAAUAGUACAUUCAGAAAUAAAGGCUUCUAUAUAGAUAAUGGUCAAUACAUACCACCCACAUUUGAUAUAUGUUAUGCCAUGUGUUGCCUUCGUUAAUAAAAAGUUAUUAUUGGAAU